UAUAUCACAACCCUUUUUGAACAUCUUCAUUCAAUGUUGCAUUGUUGGCACUUUCGUGUCGGUCAUUGUUUGGGGAAAAAAUAUGUAGAAAAUGGUUUGUAUAUAGCUUAUAGCCAAAUGUUUUCACAUAGCAUGCGAGAUCAGACAGUAUUAAAAAACAACUUGCGUUGGCCGGGAAUCGAACCCGGGUCAACUGCUUGGAAGGCAGCUAUGCUCACCACUAUACCACCAACGCUGACAUAGAGCAUGUAUGAAACAUAUUCAUAUUUGAAGUAAUAGCUGGUGUUUUCCGUAACUCGAAAAGUUUCAUUUAUAUAUUUUUUAUUAGACCAUAUACAUAUCGGACUAGCUAAUUAGCUAAAUGUUCAUAGAAAAUAGGCAAACUUUUUGAGAAUACGUCACGAUGAAAUAAUACAGCUGUGCUAAUGUUCAUUUGCCACAUUUGCUACAUUUUCAUCAGCUACUAUUUGCGAGCGCCCCUGAAUGAAGCCAGAAGCAGCAAACCAGCGAAAGCACCUUCUUCAAUAUGGAUUUAUUUGACGAUCUUCCAGAACCAACCCAAACCGCAGGUGAAGCCUCGGUACAGAAGACAUGUCCAUCACCCCUGGAGGACAGGGGGUCCAAGAGGAAAAGAGACGCACCUGAUGAUGAUGAGGUGGUGGAAGAACAAAAACUAGAAGAAAAGAAAGUUUGUAAAGGUGUGCCUAUACUGAAGGGGUAUGUAGCCGCUCGGAGGGGAGAGAGAGAGGAGAUGCAGGACGCUCACAUUCUCCUAUCUGACAUGAAAACCUGCCUGUCCACCCUUCCAACUACAGUGUCUCGUCUGGCCUACUUCGCUGUGUUCGACGGCCAUGGAGGAGCUAGAGCCUCUCGCUUCGCUGCAGAACAUCUUCACCACACUCUGGCCCUGAAGUUCCCUAAAGAAACUGAGAACCUGGACAAACUCGUGAAGAAGUGCCUACUAGACACCUUCCGACAAACAGACGAAGACUUCCUGAAAAAAGCCUCCAGCCAGAAGCCUGCCUGGAAGGAUGGCUCUACAGCCACCUGUAUGUUAGUGGUGGAUGACAUGGUGUAUGUAGCCAACCUGGGAGACAGCAGGGCGGUUCUCUGUCGGAUGGAACAGGAAAUGCAGGGCGGAGAAAGGAAGUGUGUCACUCUGGCGCUCAGUAAGGAACACAACCCCACCAUCUACGAGGAGCGCAUGAGGAUCCAGCGAGCGGGGGGCACCGUGAGGGAUGGGAGAGUCCUUGGGGUGCUGGAAGUGUCCAGGUCUAUAGGAGAUGGACAGUACAAACGCAUUGGAGUCAUAUCCACACCUGACCUCAGACGCUGUCAGCUUACACCCAAUGACAGGUUCAUUAUCCUGGGCUGUGAUGGUCUGUUUAAAGUGUUUUCUGCAGAGGAUGCUGUUAAAUAUGUUCUCAACGUCUUGCAGAAUGGGAGUGUUGAGAGGAAGGAGGGACAGACUGAGGAAGAAGGCCACUAUGAAGCAGCAUGUCAGAGACUGGCCAACGAGGCAGUGAGAAGAGGAUGUGCCGACAAUGUUACCGUCAUACUGGUGUCUGUUAGCUUCUGAACAACAGACACCUGAUCUGGCCCAUCAUUGAUGUGUCUCAUUGCGUGCCUCAGUGCCUCUGAGUGCUAUGUCCACUGUGGCUCCAGACCUAAAAACACAUGAACAGAUCCCACCGCUGCCACCAACAGACGAACAUCAGAAACAUGUUGGUCAACCGUUCAUUAUAAAGGAGGUGUUCUAAUCUCUAACUCAAUGUGAACUGUAUACCCUACGCAUGCACACAAUGCAAGAACGCACAUUUCUAAUGGCUUGUGUUGUGUACUUGCGUAGGGUGUAAAUUAGGCCUACUGCCCUGUACUGCCCUGUACUUCUUAUCCUGAUGACUACUGAUCAUUUAAAUGGUCUUUAUGGUUUCUGAUCAA